AUGGCUCGGUUGGCAGUUGGAGCUGUUGGCCUUGCUGCACCUGUCUUUGUUUUCCCAGGUGCAGCGCCUCGCCCUUCUCAGCUUCGGGGCAACUCCGCAGUCCAGGAAAGAGCUCCACAAGGUGGUUCAACAUGUUCAACUUUGGGCCUCGCAGCAGCUGGCUCCACUGUUUUGGCUGUCGCCGCCAGAAGAAACAAGUCCAGCAAACUCGUCAGGAACUUUUUUGGCGACUCAUCAGCUAGCACGGGAUUUGACCCGGCAAAGCAGCUUGGAGUUCAGGAUCCCAUCGGCUUCUGGGACCCUUUAGGGCUGAGCGCUGACAAGGAUGAGGCGACAUUCAAACGUCGCCGAGCCGUGGAAAUCAAGCAUGGACGAAUUGCUAUGUAUGCUACCAUUGGAUACAUCGUGCCAGAGUACUACAAAUUCCCUGGAUUUUUGUCGCCUUCUCUUGGUAUCAAAUUCUCUGACGUUCCCAAUGGAUUGGCAGCGCUGUCAAAGUUGCCUGUCCUUGGCGGAGCUCAGAUCAUCGCUUUCUGUGGACUGAUUGAGACCACUGGCUUCUUUCAAGCAGCAUCCACUACAGAUGGCAGGGGUCCAAGGGAAGGACAAUUCGCCAUGAAGGACUCCACAGAGACCUCAGAGCCUGGCAAUUAUGGUGUUGGCUUUCCAACUUUCAUCGGCAAAGUUGAAGAUCCAGAGGCACGAAAAAGCAAGCUAAGUGCUGAGUUGGCAAAUGGACGUUUGGCGAUGAUGGCUAUUAUCGGUAUGUUUUUCCAAGAUGGGCUCACUGGAUCAGCUUGGGGAGAUUGGUCUCUGUACACGUCAUCACCUUUGCGAGCCGAAGAGUCCGAAGAGAAGGAAGCGCCUCCGCCUCCACCCUUUGAUCCGCGUCUUGAAGUCGGAGUGCUUCCUCCUUUGGAUUACUUUGACCCAGCCGGCUUUUGCAAAGUGGGAGAUGAGGAAGGCUUCAGAAACUUGAGAGCCGCAGAGAUCAAGCAUGGCCGAGUAGCAAUGAUGGCAGCCUUGGGCGCUGCAGUACAGCACUACGCCCAAUUCCCUGGUUUCGAAGAAGUGCCAACUGGCAUUGGAGCUGUCACAACAGCGCCAGGAACCUAUGGUUUUGCGGCGCUUUUCUUGAUCAGCGGAGUGUUGGAGUUGGCUUUGUGGACCGAGGACUCUAGCAAGGAGCCAGGGAACUUCGGAGAUCCCCUCAAUUUGGGCCAGUACGACAUUGACAUGAGGAACAAGGAGCUGAACAAUGGCCGAUUUGCCAUGUUCGCUGCCGUCGGCAUCAUUCUGGCCGAACUCUACACUGGCAAGGAUGGUAUUGACCAGAUUGGCCUCGACACUCCAACGCUUUGA